UUAACGAUGAUUUUAUGAUUGAAUAACAUCGGAACAUACCCUGUUUGUUCAAAAAAUUUGUACUUUUUGUCUUUUCAUCUUCAUUGUUAUGGAUGCUACGGUGGUUGCCAAAAAUUCCUUACGGCAGUUUUCGUUUGUUCUUUGUUGUGAAUGAUUGCCAUCAAAACUCUCUGAUUAAGGGGAAUGAGCACAGUUAAUUGUGCCUCCGAUUUGACCCUCGCCGGAGCUCCGAUGACCCCGCCUGUGUGAGAACCUCUCCGAAGAUUCACGCGCCAUUGGGACCGAUUCGCUUCGUCACGUUUCAAUCUUUUCGAAUUUGGAAAUGAAACUUCAAUUGUGAUCCCCAAAGGCGGUUUUUGAAAUGGAAAAAGAACUGAACUUGGCUUCGGAGGAUGUCGCCAACUUGAAAAUUGAAGAGAGCAAAGAUCAAAGAGAUUAUGGAUUUGUGUUCAAAUCCAAACAACGGAAUUCUUCUGGGUCAUCGUUACCAGAGUUUAGAACACCACCACUCAAGAGUAAUUUCUUUGGUGAUGCUCAUGAUAAAUUCAAAUUCAGUGCAAAGAAGGAACAGAGUGGCACCCCCAGGAUGAAUAAAAGUAGAGCAAAACAGAAGUUUUCCAUCCAUCUCCAGGGAAAUGACUUUCUUUGGAAGACAAAGAUGGACAUGUCACCAAAAAGCUAUGUGACAUCGCGAGAAUCAUCUGGUCUUGGUGUGGAUAGGAUUGGCAACAGCACAUGCAUUCAUCAGUUCUUGAAUAAGAAUGAAAGUGAAGCUUUAGGUACAGAGACAGAGACAAAGGAGACAAAGGAGGAUGCUUCAGAGUGUGGUGAUGAUGAUCCGAAUGAUAGAAUUGAAAGUGAAAGCUUGAAGUCUGUAAAUGAUGAAGUGGGUAUAACAAACAAUGGUGAUGGCUUGGUCCUUCUUGAUUGUGAUUCAGGUUCAAGAAAUACGAGUGGGAUUGGUUUCACGUUUUCUGCUGAACUGCAAUCACCUAGCCAGAAACGUCCUCCCAAAAAGAUGAAUUGGGCAAAAGUUGGCCAAAGUUAUCUUGAUACUUACAGCUCCACUCCUAUUUCAUUAUCAUCAGUGACUGGCUCACCAUUUUUUGGAACUCCUUCUCCUUUAACACCCGAGCAAGGUCAGAAAACUAAAGCAUCUUCUCCUCAUCCCAAAACAAGGGGUUCAGAGGUGAAUAAGGUGCAAGGGAUAAAGGAGGAACUUGCUACCAUUUCUGCUUCAACCAUUGCAGCUGAAGAGGCCUGUGAAAAGUGGCGACUCAGAGGAAACCAAGCCUAUAAAAAUGGGAAUUUGUCUGGGGCUGAGGAUUGUUACACACAAGGAGUUAACUGUGCUUCCAAAGAAACAUCUCAGAGAUGUCGCCGGGCGUUGAUGCUUUGCUAUAGCAACCGUGCUGCCACACGCAUGUCUCUUGGUAGGAUGAGAGAUGCAAUAGAAGAUUGUAUGCUGGCUGCUGAAAUUGAUCCAAAUUUCCUCAGGGUGCGACUUAGAGCUGCAAAUUGUUUCCUUGCUUUGGGAGAAGUUGGAGAUGCGUCCGAGUAUUCCAAGAUGUGCAUGCAGUCAGGCACUACUGAUGUUGGUGUAGAUAAAAAAAUUGUCGUGGAAGCCUCUGAUCUAUUGCAAAAGACGCAGAAAGUAUCGGAAUUAAUCAAUCAUUCUGAAGAACUUUUGCAAAGAAGAACAGCUGAUGAUGCAGAAAAAGCUUUGGAACAUAUAAAUGAGGCAUUGGCGAUAACUUCGUACUCUGAAAAAUUGCUUGAAAAGAAAGCAGAGGCUCUUUUUAUGCUAUGUAGAUAUGAGGAAGUGAUUCAGCUGUGUGAGGAAACCUUUGGUUCUGCCGAGAAGAAUGCAUAUCCUUUGGAUGCUGAUUGCAUAGUGACAGAUCUGGACAGUGCACAGCUUUCAAAAGGCUUCUAUUUCAGGUUUUGGAGGUGCUCAAUGAUGCUUAAAUCCUACUUUCACCUAGGAAAACUUGAAGAGGGUCUUUCUUUGUUGGAGGAACAAGAGGACAAGGUAUCAGCCAUGAACAAGAGUGGAAGCAAGGUUUUGGAGUCCCUAAUGCCACUAGCUGUAACUGUACGUGAGCUCUUGCAUCAUAAGACUGCAGGGAAUGAAGCAUUUCAGGCAGGAAAAUAUGAGGAAGCUGUCGAACAUUAUACAGCUGCUUUAUCAAGUAAUGUGGAGUCUCGCCCAUUUACAGCUGUCUGCUUUGGUAACCGUGCAGCUGCACAUAAAGCAUUAGGUCAAAUUACUGAUGCCAUAGCAGAUUGCAAUCUGGCCAUAGCUCUUGAUGGAAGAUACUUGAAGGCACUUUCCAGGCGUGCAACUUUAUAUGAGAUGAUCAGAGAUUAUGACCAAGCAGUGAGUGACGUAAGGAGAGUUGUCUCUCUUCUCAUGAAAGAGAAUGGGGAUAAUAGCAAUCAGCAUGGCAUAUCUGAUAGAUCUGUCAAAUAUGAUAAUGAUUUGAAACAUAACCAAAUUUGGCUUUCCGAAAUAGAGGAGGAAGCCAAGAAGGGGAUACAUCUUGAUGUGUACCUCAUUUUAGGAGUUGAACAUUCAGUUUCAUCAUCUGAAAUCAAGAAGGCCUAUCACAAAGCUGCACUUAGACAUCACCCAGACAAGGCUGUCCAAUCUUUGGCCAGAAGUGACAGUGGAGAUGAUCAGAUAUGGAAGGAUAUUGUUGAAGAAGUAUGCAAAGAUGCUGAUAGACUUUUCAAAAUAAUUGGAGAGGCAUAUGCAGUCCUGUCAGAUCCUGCCAAGCGAUCACAGUUUGAUUCUGAAGAAGAAUCAAGAAAUUCUCAAAAGAAACCCCAAGGAAAUAGCAUGACUAGAAAUAAUUUCAUGGAUCAAACUGACAAUAGGAGACACCGGAAAGGGGUUUGGAGAUCAUAUGGUAGCUCAGCUUUCAAAGAUUCUGAAGCUGGCCGAUCAAGUAGGCAAUAAGAAAACAAAGGUUUAAAAUUUUAGUCCAUGGCACAAUCUUCACUGCAGUCUGACUCAUUGAAUGAGGUGAAGUUUGGUGGUGUUUUCAUCUUUAUGCAUUUUAUACUAACAUGCACGCAAAUUUGAGACUGAGACCAAUGGCAUUGCAGUUGGAGAAGCUUGGUUCUUGGGAUUUCUUUGAGAUAUUGGAAGAGUUUUUCUUCUGGCAUGCAGAAGCUAUCAUGGUUGCGCUCUAUUUUUAUUUUUGCUUUUUUCUGUUUUUAACUACUCACAAUAUGCUUGGAUGACAACAAGCAAAUGAAAAGAAAGUCCGAAAAUUGUUUGAUUU